CGAGAGAGAAACGCAGUAAUCGUCCGGCCGCCGUGGUGUAGAGUACCGUAAUUUCGCUCGUCUUCUCUAUUUACAUAAUCUGUAGGCUCGCACGAAACACUCUAGAUUGGGAAGGCCAUAUUGAUUGUGAAGAUAUAGAGAAGACUCCAUCAUGCUGAACAGUCGCAAGGUGAUCCUCAAAUUAGGUCUUCAGUGCCAGAGAUGGACCUCCCUUGGCCAAGGAGGAGCCUGCUUGGUGCCAAGGGCGACCUGCUCUGCCCAGAGGACCAUCACCACCUCAGAGAAGGACAGCAGAGCCAGCCCGCAGACUCAGGUAGAGCAACAUGAUGAAGCAGCAAGCCAUCAGCCCAUUGCAAAGAAGCCCCAGCGGCCACCCUUCAUCAAAAACCUCUUCCUUGGAAGAUUUGAUAAGGAGAUCUUAGCUUUUCCUGAAGUUUUAGACAAAGAUCAGCAUGAGUUGCUCCAUGAUAUGCUGGUGCCCAUUAAAAAGUUCUUUGAAGAGGAAGUUGAUGGCCCAAAGAUUGACAAAGAUGCAAAGAUUCCUCAAGAUACCCUGGAAGGCCUAAAGAACCUGGGUCUGUAUGGCCAGCAGAUUCCUGUGGAAUAUGGUGGCCUUGGUUUGGGUGCUACUGAGUAUGCUAGAAUUGCAGAGAUCACAGCCAUAGAUGGGUCCAUUGCUGUUACUUUGGCUGCUCACCAGGCUAUUGGAUUAAAGGGUAUCCUUAUUGCGGGAAAUGAAGCCCAAAAGGAGAAGUACCUUCCUCGACUUGCCUGUGGAGAAUGGACAGCUGCAUUUUGCUUGACUGAACCUAGUUCAGGUUCUGAUGCUGCUUCCAUUAGGACUCGAGCUACACUGUCAGAUGAUGGCAAACAUUGGUUGCUGAAUGGCAGCAAGAUCUGGAUCUCAAAUGGAGGAUAUGCAGAUAUGAUGACAGUUUUUGCAAAGACAGAGGUUGUUCAGCCCAAUGGAGAAAAGAAGGACAAGGUGACAGCCUUUAUUGUUGAGAGAAACUUUGGAGGCGUUGCAAGUGGGCCACCUGAGGAUAAGAUGGGCAUCAGGGGUUCCAACACAUGUGAGGUGUUCUUUGACAAUACACCAGUUCCAGUUGAGAAUGUGCUGGGAGAAGUAGGAGGUGGCUUUAAGAUCGCCAUGAAUAUCCUAAACUCUGGUCGGUUCUCCAUGGGAAGUUCAGGAGCUGGCAUUCUCAAAAAAGUUAUGAAGUGGGCACUUGAGCACAGCAUGGAACGAAAGCAAUUUGGUCGCCAUCUCAGUGACUUUGCCUUGAUAAGAGAGAAAUUUGCACGCAUGUCUGUACAUAUUUAUGCCAUGGAAUCAAUGGCAUACCUAACGGCAGGUGUCAUAGAUGGGCAGGAGAACGCAGACUGUUCAGUUGAGGCUGCCAUUGUUAAGAUUUUCAGCUCAGAGGGUGCCUGGCACUGGGGAUCUGAGUGCCUGCAGGUGUUAGGAGGCUUAGGCUACAUGAAGACCUACCCCUUCGAGAGGUAUCUUCGUGAUGCGCGCAUCCUGCUUAUCUUUGAAGGAACAAAUGAAAUCUUGCGAAUGUUUGUUGGACUGAAUGGCAUUCAGCAUGCUGGUGCAGAAUUGCGAGACACCGUGAAGAAGCUGCGAAACCCCUUGAUGAACCCAUCCUUUGUGAUUGGCAAAGGUCUAGAGAGGAUGCGGCACCAGAAGGACAAGCCCAAACUGGACCUCAACUUGAGUGGCUCCCUACACCCCUCACUCAGUGCUGGAGGAGAUGCCCUAGAGUACUGUGUCAAGCGCUUCCAGUAUGCUGUGGAGACAGCCCUUGCCAGGCAUGGCAAAAACAUCAUUGACCCAGCAAACCAUUCUGUAGCCAUGACUGCUGUGUUAAGUCGUGCAUCAAGGUCUUACUCAAUUGGGGUGAAAAAUGCCGAUCAUGAGGUUCAGCUUGCCAUGACCUUCUGCGAAGAGGCUGCAGCACGUAUCAAAACCUAUGUGAAGGAAGUUGAAGAUGGUCCGUUCCUGAAUAAUGACUCCGUUUAUUCCAAGAUUGCUGACACCAUUAUCCAGAACAAGGGCUAUGCAGCAGAGCAUCCCCUAACACGAGUAUUUUGGUAAUAACUAAAUUUCACCAAGACAAAAUGCAAAUUUAAAACACCAGUGCUCUUUGUACCUCUCUAUCUCAGAUUUCUUUUCUUUUGAAUCUUCUUAAUUGUAUAUUUAUCAUGAACUAAUGAUGGUGCUUGCAAUGUUUAUGUCAUACAUUUCAGGGAAAAACUUCAAUAAUGUGACAAAAGUUAACAUGAAAAACUUCAUAUUAAGAUUUCUUUUGUACUAAAUGGAUAGUUAUGUUGAAUUAUUGACUACUGAUUUAGAAAAUGUACAUGGUUUAAUGUUUCCAGUGUAUGAAGCCAAUGCAAUGUAUAUAAGUGUAAAUAUAGAGCAUGAUUCUUUCAGUAAGCAUUAUUUAUGGAUCUUGUAAACAAAUUCUGCUAGGAGAAAUGUGUUUCUGAAAAAGAAAUUUGUGCUUUAUAGGUGUUCUUUCCCAGUAUUGCCAGUGUCUCAUACAAUGCAGAUUUAGCAUUUUAACUAGAUGUUUGUACUGAAUAUAGAUAUAUUUUCUUGGAUGUAUAUUGUUUGAAAGAAAUAAAAUAAAAUAUGAUAUCAAA